CAAAAAAAAACCCACCUAUUUCCAUUUCUUCAUCAUCAACAAAACUUCAAAAAUGGAGAAACUAACAAAACUCAUCAACCGUCAUCCCCAUUUCCUCCUCUUCCUCUCUCUGUCGCUAAUUACGCUAACCACCGCCGCCUCCGAUGAUCAUCUCCGUCUCGGGAAGUCAAAUUUCCCGUCAUUACAGGCGGAGAAGCUCAUCAGAGAGCUCAAUUUGUUCCCGGAAAAAGACAUAAAUAUCCUCGAUCAUAUCGACAACAGCUUUGAAGGAGUUGGGGGAAUUGUUGAGAAGGGAAUUAAGUUUCCUAACGUCGUCAGCGACGGUUAUGAAGCGGUUUCCGUUGAGGAAUUGGGUCAUCAUGCUGGUUAUUACAAAAUCGCUAACUCUCACGCCGCUAGGAUGUUUUAUUUCUUCUUUGAAUCAAGGAACAAGAAGAAGGAAGAUCCAGUGGUGAUAUGGUUGACUGGUGGACCAGGGUGUAGUAGUGAAUUAGCUAUGUUUUAUGAGAAUGGUCCUUUUAAAAUUGCUGAUAAUAUGUCUCUUGUCUGGAAUCCUUAUGGUUGGGAUAAGGCAUCAAACCUUCUAUAUGUUGAUCAACCUAUUGGGACUGGAUUCAGUUACAGCUCUGAUAAACGUGAUAUCCGCCAUAAUGAGGAGGGAGUUAGUAAUGACCUAUAUGACUUCCUACAGGCUUUCUUUGAGGCUCAUCCUGAACUUGCAAAGAAUGACUUUUAUAUAACUGGAGAGUCAUAUGCUGGCCACUACAUUCCUGCUUUUGCUGCUCGAGUUCACAAUGGAAACAAAAAUAAAGAAGGAAUCCAUAUAAACCUCAAGGGAUUUGCCAUUGGCAAUGGGCUUACUGAUCCUGCAAUCCAGUACAAAGCUUACACAGAUUAUGCAUUAGAUAUGGGGUUAAUUUCAAAAACUGAUUAUGCUCGCAUUGGCAAGGUGAUACCGGUGUGUGAAAUUGCAAUAAAACUCUGUGGAACUGAUGGUACACUCUCUUGCUUGGCCUCAUUAUUGGUUUGCCAAACAAUAUUCACUAGCAUCAUGUCACGAGCUGGUGAUAUAAAUCACUAUGAUAUCAGAAAGAAAUGCGUGGGCAGUCUCUGCUAUGACUUCUCAAACAUGGAGAAUUUUCUCAACCAGAAAUCCGUUAGGGAUGCUCUCCAUGUUGGUGAUAUCGACUUUGUGUCUUGUAGUCCUACAGUGUAUCAGGCGAUGUUGAUGGACUGGAUGAGAAAUUUCGAAACCGGCAUUCCUGCUCUUCUUGAGGAUGGAAUCCAAAUGCUUAUAUAUGCAGGAGAAUAUGAUCUUAUCUGUAACUGGCUUGGAAAUUCAAGAUGGGUUCAUGCUAUGGAGUGGUCUGGUCAGAAAGACUUUGUGGCGUCUUCUGAAGUUCCUUUUACAGUUGAUAAUUCGGAAGCUGGACUAUUGAAAAGCUACGGACCUCUUGCUUUCCUCAAGGUCCAUGAUGCAGGCCACAUGGUUCCGAUGGACCAACCAAAGGCUGCACUAGAGAUGCUGAUGAGGUGGAUUCAAGGAACACUGUCAGAGGCCCCAACGGAGCCAGAGAAACUGGUCGCAGAGAUGUAAUUUGAAAUCAUUUGAUCUCGAGAGCUGUUUCAUAGUUUUCUAAUGUUAUUGUAAAUAUUUUCUGUUGGUUCAAAACUGAACUUUAGAGGAAGUCUCUUUCUUGUAUUUCAAGAUUCUUUAUAUGCUUGAAUGGAACUAUGGAAGAGAAUGUUUUACAA